AUGCUGCAGAUUGGGGAGGAUGUUGACUAUCUGCUCAUCCCCCGCGAGGUCCGGCUGGCUGGGGGCGUCUGGCGGGUCAUCUCCAAGCCAGCCACCAAGGAGGCGGAAUUUCGCGAGCGCCUCACCCAGUUUCUGGAGGAAGAGGGCCGCACCCUAGAGGACGUAGCCCGCAUCAUUGAAAAGAGCACUCCGCACCCGCCCCAGCCCUCCAAAAAGCCCCAGGCUCCCCGUGUGCAGAGGAGAAUCCAGCAGAUGGUGAUCCCUCCGCCCCGGCUGGUCGUGGGCACGUAUGACAGCAGCAAUGCCAGUGACAGCGAGUUCAGCGACUUCGAGACCAACAGGGACAGGAAGGGUGAUCACAGCUCGAGGCGGACCCGGAGAGUUCGGAAAAUGCCCGUCAGCUACCUGGGCAGCAAGUUUCUAGGAAGCGACCAGGAGAGCGGGGACGAUGAGGAGUUAGUGGAGGCCUUCCUGCGCCGCGGGGAGAAGAAGCCCAACGCAGCCCCUGCACGCCGCAGGGUGGCGGUGCCCGUGCCUGUAGUCGAGGAUAACCCGCCCCAGCGUUCUAAGGCCGACAGGUGGCGCGAGUAUGCCAGUCAGGUGUCUUGGGGGAGGCUGAAGCGCAGGGUGAAAAGCUGGGCGCCCAGGUCCUUCCCUGGGGUGGGCGAGGCCCAGUCAGCCGUGUCCAGGGUGGAAAGUGAUAGGACAUCAGGACCGAGCCGCCCGUGUGAAAGUAGGGAAAAUGCAGGAGAUGGGCGGGGAACUGGGACCCCCCCACGACGAUGGAGGCCCAAGAUCAAUUGGGCCUCGUUGAGGCGUCGCAGGAAGGAAGAUGCAGCAUUUAUAGCUCAGGGGGCAGAGGUCCCAGCCGGAGAGCCUGAGGAGGUGGCGGUCCCUGCUGGCCAGGGGGCAGGGGUCGAAGCUGACCAGGAGGCAGAGGUCUUGGUUGGCCAGAGGGCAGAGGUCGAUGCUGACCAGGUGGCACAGGCAGACCAGAGGGCAGGGGUCCUGGCUGACCAGAGGGCAAGGGUCCCGGCUGACCAGAGGGCAGGGGUCCUGGCUGACCAGGGGGCAGAGAUCCCAGUUGACCAGGGGGCAGGGGUCCCAGCUGACCAGGGGGCAGAGAUCCCGGUUGACCAGGGGGCAGGGGUCCCGGCUGACCAGAGGGCAGGGGUCCCGGCUGACCAGAGGGCAGGGGUCCCGGCUGACCAGGGGGCAGGGGUCCUGGCUGACCAGGGGGCAGAGAUCCCGGCUGACCAGGGGGCAGAGAUCCCGGCUGACCAGAGGGCAGGGGUCCCGGCUGACCAGGGGGCAGAGAUCCUGGCUGACCAGCGGGCAGAGGCCCCAGCCAUCCAGGAAGCCUCCGGAGCACUCCCAGGAGCCAGGGCUCAAAAACAUGUCAAGACAGUGAGGUUCCAGACUCCUGGACGUUUUUCAUGGUUUCGCCUCCGCCGGAGAGCCUUCUGGCACACUCCAAGGCUGCCAACCCUACCCAAGAGAGUCCCCAGGGCAGGCGAAGCCAGGAGCCUCAGGGUGCUGAGGGCAGAAGCCAGAGCCGACGCAGAGCAGGCAGAUCAGGAAGACCAGCUGUGA